UUCUUCCUUAUUUCCGCUCAUUUUUGUGUUGCUAAUUACUUUAUCUCAAUUUUUUUUAUUUUUAAUUUCCACAAAUUCCCAUCCUUCUACGCAUAAUAAAUCAUAUAAUAUUCUCUCAUUUUUCAUCAUUUCUUCACCCCUCUUUUGCGCACUUUCUCAGUUACUCUUCCCUUUAAAACGCCGCUUAGAGGGGGGGAGGGGGGAAGAAUUUAUUUUUAUUUUCUCAGAUUUGUCGGUAUUUAUUUACCUUCCUUUUACCCGUUUUUGGAUGUUUUUAAUGUUGCCUGGUACAAUAAAAAAAAUUUUGAAAAAAAGGUGCGCCCGGGACAACAAUGAAAAAAUAUAUUUUUUGAAGGAAAAACGAGGGGAGGGAAGGGGGCAAUUGAAAAUUAAAUCGGAAAUGUUGCGUUUUUUGUUAGUCAAAAAUGUGUGAAUUGGGGGUUUUAAAGAGAAUAUUAUACAGUAAAAAAUUAAUAUUAUGUA